GUGAUAUGAUGUACAGACAUGUUUUUAAUUGCAGGUUAAAUAUUUAGUUAUAGUCUCAUAUCUCAUUUUAUCAAAACGUACGUGCUUCAAAAGUGUCACAAGCUGCAAAUAUCUAAUGUAAGUAGGAUUCGCCGACAUUUUCAAACAUAUAAUAUUAUAAACAUAAAGGUGAAAAUAACCUAUUACUUGGAUCUGUUGAACAUCGAAAGUUGUAGUGCUUUGAAGAAAAAAUUGUGAGCUAACUCUUGAAUAUAUAGUACAUCUUUAUAUUGCUGUUCUGCUAAACCACUUAUAUAUCGAGAAAUGAAACCGUAAUAAAGUAUUGCUCCUAGAUAGAUGCUUUAAAAACUGCUUGGGGAAGUUAUCUGUCUAAAAUUGUCAAGUGGAAAAACGUGGACAGGUGGUGGGUGCUCCCAGUAACACAAAUGAGGCACUGGAAAGCGGCUCAGAGUUUAGCUUUAUAGUGUCUGGCCGAAGGUCAAUUUCUUGGACGAUCCCGAUGUUCGGCUUUUAACACAACCUUCAGCUAUAGCAGGAGACGAAGUUUGGAUGAAUCAUAACUGAUAUCGUUUGUGCCUUCGGAUCCGCUUCUUAUAAGUGGAAAUGAUUUAUUGUAUGAUAUUGAAUGGGAACUUGUUAAAAUUAGAUAAGACGUGAAUAUAAUGAGCAUGAAACUUAUAUCUAAUUAAGUUUUAUUACAUUCAGUUUAAAAUAAUAUAAAACUCUAGGUAUUUAAAAUAUGCUGGUAAGAAAAGCACAUCGGAGAAAGAUACAACGUUUUAGGAUUAUUUUCCCUAGUAAACCAAACAUUCCUAGAACGGUACAAUCGUACCGUUCAGGUAAUGAAACUAGUGCUAUCUUCAUUGGCUUUGUUUACCCAAUUAAAAUAGAAAUUCAAACAAAGCUACACAUUCACAUAACUACAUUGGAAACGCUCGGUUUGUUAGUAUAAUUUCGUAACAUUCAACUCGUAAAAUAAUUGUUUUUUAUACUUGAACUACCACGAAGGCCUAAGGCCGAAACACACCCAUGGGUACCGUGGGGUUUUAGGGGGAUACAGGGAAAAUUGUUCAGGCGGAUAUAAAGUUUUAUAAACUUGUUAUGAAACGGGUGUCAGUAACUAUGUUAUAAAGAUCAGAGCCAAAAGAUAGUAGCAUACCAACACCACAUAACUACCUUUCCUGUUAUCGUAGGUUUGCACUACAGCAUUAAAUAUUUGAUAAUAUAUACAGUGGUACUGAAGAUGUAGCUCGGUGGCCACCGCGUAGAACUAGCAACCCGGGGCUCACGGGUUCGAGUCUCCGCCUCGGAAGUUAAUUCCUUGUAAUGGAUGUUGUGCUGUUUAUAUCACACACGUGAUGCAAUAUUAACAGGCCAUGGACAACGAAACAGGCGAGUUCGUCCUAGACACGGAAACGGGAGAAUCCCGACCGUGGUGCUUCUCCACGUUCAACGUCGAAACAGGCGAGUACGAAGACAUACCUGUGAAGAAAUUCAAAAUUCCCAGCCACUAUUACACCCCACCUGAAAAAGAGAAAUCCAAGCAGAAACGACCCUUGAGGAAAGCUGACCGCCAUGAAAUUGCGUUGAUCCAUGCCGCCAUCUUUCUUCUACCCACCUUCAUUUUGUUCCAUCCAGUGGUCGCCAUCUUCGUAGCUAUAGCGGAGACAGUCCUGCACAAUUGGUCCCACAAGACCAACCAGCUGCUAAAGUCAAACCGAGUGUACUUCCAAAGUCCUCUACAUCCGAUCGUCAAAGAAAUCUGCGGCAAAUGCAAGGCUGAACAGGAAAGCAUGAGAAUCACAAAGAUGCAAGAUGUAAUGAAUGAUAAGUUGCGAAGACAUGGGCUAGAUUAUAUAAGAAGAGUUGUCACGUAGAUGUAGAUUCAUAUGGGGAAAUGGGUUGUUUAAGUUUUACUGAUAUGCUAAUAAUGGUAUACGAACAUAGCCAGUAGAUUUUUGACUAUAAACAUAGAUACGCAGAUUUGGUGCAGAUUCAUCAUUUUCUUAUAAGUUCUGGUAAUCAUAAAAAUGAUAUUUCAAACUGAACGAUACCAAAUCGACACACUCGCUUAACUAUUGGCUGAUAUAGUCUUGUUUGAUAGAAAGAAUGAAAAAAACAUUAUUCCCAAAAUCGGUCUGAUUCUUCGUAUUUUUUCUAAAAAACAACAACAUGUUCAUCCUACAUAAUUUGUUUUGCUUAGCUGCUUAGUGAAGCAACUCACAAAUAAAAGCAUUUUAUCAAGGAAUAUGGCUUUUAAUUAAUACUGCACAAAACGCCACCAUCUAUAACGUUUCGGAAUUACUUCUAAAAAGUUCCUAAAUAAAAAAGCAAUGCUACUACGCUGCACCCACCAUUCAUUUUAUUUUCCACGCCUACUGGCGAAAAAGUAUUGUAAUCGCGAAAUAUUUCGAAAAUGAGGUAUGUUAUAUGGCAUGUACGUCACGAAAAACGAUGCCACUCAUUGCCGUCGGUAUGUCUGUCCGCUAAUCCUUGGCCCAUCUUCAACUUGGAAAGUUCUGCUCGGAUUUCGAUAAAAUUUUUACACAAGUCGCUACUAUGCCAAGGACGAAAAUACUUUUUAGUUUUUGAAAAUCGGUCCAGUGGCGGCGGAAAAAAGCCGAAAACGAAAAAAAUAAAAAUUUCGUUUUUUGACAUUUCUAAGGAUCCUGAUCAUUUAUAAACCCCGUUAAUUCUAUAUUUCAUGCAUCGUAAAUUUCUUCCAUACAUUUGCUCUUAAAAUUUCGACAGACGGAUCGCGCACCUAUUGGUCCCAUUUGCCGCGUGCCAGGGGUUGUAAAUAUUGCAUCUUUGGUAGUGGAUUCCUGGGACUUAUAAGAGCACAUAGCUCUAGUAGGUACGGUGACGCGGUAUACACAUACGAGGUGAACUCUAUAAUGCUUGGAGUUUAAUUUAAUAAGGUUAUUUUGUCAGGUAAUACUAUAUAGUAGUAUAAGUAUCAAAACCUAUUAUAAUCUGUUAUCAAACAUUGUUAAUAAUCAGUUAUUCAGCCCAAAGAAAUGAGGCUACUCUUCUUGCAGCAAUCUGAGGAAAUUUUUAAUUUUUUUCAUGAAAGGCCCAAAUAACGCAGUAAUGGUUCUGACAAAACCUAGGCCUAUAUGAUGCCGUUGCGCUACAUGGAAAAUUGAACUAGAAAAUGUUUGAAGGUAUGGCAAGUAAGUUCUGGAAAUAUGGUUGCAACUUGUAUGUGCAUCCUUGUUUGGGAUAAGCAAUUCUUUAAACUAGAUUUGAGGGAAGGAAGGAGAUGUAACAUAUUUUGCGCAGUGAUACUUGAUUAAGAAAUAUUCAAAGAAGGAUGCUUCAUGGGAAUUGCAUAUAAUAAAAUAAUAUAUAUUGAAAAUCAAAUAAUAAAAUAUCAAUAAAUCAGUUAAAAUCAUAAAAUCACGUCAUCUCAAUUUGAUAAUUUCUCUUGUCGCAAUUUUAACGAUCUGAUGGAAAUCUUUGUCAAUAUGACUUCUCCAGAAUCUGCACCUGCCCCAUAUAACAGCUGGAUAAUUCGGACUCUGAAUUCCAUGGAAUAUCCUUGCAACGGAUCUACCUGGAACAAAAGAAAUGGGGACAAGUAGAUGGACUCUGUGUUUCACACGCAAUUCUGGACAAACUUUCUUUAAAUAUGCUACAGUGGCGACGCGUGACUUUUCCUAAACUGUUACCAAAAGCACAUGUGAAAAAUUUUAUAAAAAAAGUUUGUUUAGAACCUCCCAAAUAAAAGUGUUUGCUUAU